AUGAAUUUUAAAUCCGACGUGAGUUCAGCUUCAGACGUCGACAUCGAAUGCAUGAGUGAUGAAAGAGAAGAUUCAGACGAAUACGAAGUUGAUUCUGAAUACGAAUCAAAUGAAGAAGUAGAAAGAGAACUUGCACCAGAGUUUAACUGGAAUGGACAAUAUUUAAAUGAGCAAUCUUCAAGUGAAAGUAAUUCUGACGAAGAAGUUGAAAAAGUUGAAAAAGUUGUGAUUCCUAAAAAAAAGAACAGUCAAAAACGGUCUCAUUGCCAACUUGACUCAUAUAAUGAAGAAGCUUCAACAUCAAGACAUAAUAACGUAUAUGAAGAUGAAGAUGAAGACGAAGAUGAUGAUAACGAUAAUGAUGAUGAAUCCAUGAUUGAAGCAAGGAACAAAAAAAGAGUAUCACAUGAUAGUGAGAGCUACGAUGAUGAUUUAGACUCAAAUAUGAUCUCGAGUAAAGGCUAUCUGGUUGCUCAAGACGGUGAUGAUGAAGAAUCCGAUAGUGCAGAGGAAAAUUCAAAUGGUUUUAAUAUGAAAAGUCUGCGUUUUUGUAGACCAGAUGGUACACCUUGGGCAAACGAUGAAGAAAGAGAAAGUUUCUUUGAUUAUGUCGUCAGAAAAGCUGAAGAGGAUGAAGGCAACGAAGAUGAAACAGAUGAUGAAAGUGAGGACAGUAAUGCAAGUGACGAUGACGAUGUCUCCGAAGGAACGAAAGACGUUUUAAAAUUUUUUGAAUUGCAUGAUCCUGAUGAAAAUGAUCCUGCAGAAAUGGAAAGGCUCAAAAAGCUCGGUGACGUUGAAAAUGAGAAUUUAAGUGAAGAAGCGAAGGAAGAUGCCAGAAAAACGAGAAUUUUGGUGCAGUCUGUUUUUUCUGUUGCCACCAUACUCCAGAAAUUUCCGUUGGAAAAAGCAUUAAAAUUGGAAAAGAAAGCAAAAAACGUAAAAAGAAAGUGUGCGAGAUUGAGGGCAGCUCUCAUAGCAAACGGUUUUCCAGAAGAUAAACUUCCUCCGACUAUUACGAAAAAAAAUAAAAAACGCUCUUAAUUUUUGUUCGCAAUGUAAUACUUGUACCUAUGUAAAUAUUUUUUGUACAUUUUAUGUUUUUGUAUUCAUAUAUGCAAGAAAAUCUUGUACAAUUAUUUGUAAUAAAAUUUAUA